AUGGAUCCUCGAAGACCGGGGCGCUCGCCGUCUCCCGGCCAACCUUUACAAAGCUACCAGCUCGAAGAUCGAUAUCACCCGAGUUCUGCGCCUCUGGAGAUUCCAAUGGGACCUGGUCCAGGCCCAGGGACUCCAAGCGACAGGCUGCAAUUACAACCGACUUACUCGGUAGAAAACAUUCCCUACGGUCCCGGUGACUACCAUGACGACUAUCACACACAAGAUUACUCCCUCGACCCCCAGGCGCACGCAGACACAUACUAUCAACCGCCGUACCAGCCCUCCCCGCACGACGAAAACCCGGGAUAUGGGACACAGCCAGACCACUACUGGCAGGACGAUGACGAUAGGCGACCCAUGAUCCAGGGCGCAAAUACAUUCGGCCCCGAUCCCCACGAUAUACCAGAGGAGGUCCCAGGCGGCCAUCACUACGAAUCCAGACCUACUCCUAGUCCUGCGCCUAUUAAGCGGUGGAAGACAGUCAAGCAGGUCCAACUCUUCAAAGGAAAUCUCGUACUCGACUGCCCGAUCCCUCCUCGGUUGCUGAACCAAGUCCCGCACGCCCAACCCCCCGAGCGUGACGAAUUCACGCAUAUGCGCUAUUCGGCGGCUACAUGCGAUCCCGCAGACUUCGCUGCCGAGCGCUUUACCCUGCGCCAGAAGCUGUUCGCGAAGCCGAGGCAUACGGAGCUUUUCAUUGUGAUCACCAUGUACAACGAGGAGGAUGAGUUGUUUGCGCGGACCAUGAUGGGUGUGAUUAAGAAUAUCGAGUAUAUGAAUUCGCGCACGAAUAGCAAGACGUGGGGCAAGGAUGCGUGGAAGAAGAUUGUUGUGUGCGUUGUCAGUGACGGGCGUGCAAAGAUCAAUCCCAGGACGAGGGCUGUGCUUGCGGCCCUGGGAGUGUAUCAGGACGGGAUCGCGAAGCAGCAGGUCAAUGGCAAGGAUGUGACGGCGCACAUCUACGAGUAUACUACUCAGAUGACGCUCGAUAUCAAGAAGGGCGUUGUCAACGUCAAGAAAGGCAACACUCCGGUCCAGAUGCUCUUCUGCUUGAAAGAAAAGAACCAGAAGAAGAUCAACUCGCACAGGUGGUUCUUCCAGGCUUUCGGCACCGUCUUGGAUCCCAAUAUCUGCGUCUUGAUUGAUGCGGGAACCAAACCUGGCAAAGAUUCUGUCUACCAGCUAUGGAAGGCGUUCGAUCUUGAACCCAUGUGUGCCGGCGCAUGUGGUGAAAUCAAGGCCAUGCUCGUGGGAGGCAAGAAGCUGUUCAACCCGCUUGUGGCUACGCAGAAUUUUGAGUACAAGAUGAGCAACAUCCUGGACAAACCACUGGAAUCGGCUUUUGGUUUCAUUACCGUGUUGCCUGGCGCGUUUUCGGCUUAUCGCUACGUGGCGCUCCAGAACGACAAGACUGGUAAUGGACCGCUGGAGAAGUACUUCGCGGGAGAGAAGAUGCAUGGAGCCAAUGCGGGCAUCUUCACUGCGAAUAUGUACUUGGCCGAAGAUCGUAUCUUGUGUUUUGAACUCGUCUCCAAGAGAAACUGCCACUGGAUCCUGCAAUAUGUCAAGUCAUCCACUGGCGAGACGGAUGUACCCACGGAAAUGGCCGACUUUAUCCUGCAACGACGAAGAUGGCUGAACGGCAGUUUCUUUGCCGCUGUGUACGCAUUGGCUCACUCGUUCGACAUCUUCCGAAGCGACCAUUCCUUCGCCCGUAAGAUGAUAUUCCUCGUCGAAUUCACCUAUCAGACCAUCAGCAUGCUCUUUGCUUGGUUCGCCCUGGGUAAUUUCUUCCUGGUCUUCCGCAUCCUGACCUCGUCGCUGGCGCAGGAAAUCGGCACGGCUGGAAAAGUCCUUUUUAUAAUAUUCGAAUGGCUUUACAUCGCCGUGCUAAUCACCUGCUUCAUCCUAGCGCUGGGAAAUCGGCCCCAGGGAUCCAACAAGUUCUACAUGACCAUGGUGUACUUCUGGGCCCUCAUCAUGGCGUACCUCAUGUUCGCGUCCAUCUUCAUCACGGUCAAGUCGGUUCAAUCGCAGAUUCGAGAGAACAAUGGUUUCAAUAUUGCCGACAUCUUCAAGGACAAGAUCUUUUUCACCGUCAUAGUGUCGCUGGCAUCGACCUACGCUAUGUGGCUCGUCGUUUCCAUCAUCUUCCUGGAUCCUUGGCACAUGUUCACCUCCUUCAUACAGUAUCUGCUCAUGACGCCGACGUAUAUCAACAUUCUCAACGUGUACGCUUUCUGCAACACACACGAUAUCACUUGGGGAACGAAGGGCGACGAUAAGCCUGAGAAGCUCCCGUCCGUUACCACGAAAGCAGACGGCAAGGCGGAUAUCCAAGCUCCGACCGACGACGCCGAUCUCAACACGCAGUACGAGGCCGAGCUGCGUGCAUUCGGCACCAAGUAUGUGGAACCAAAGAAGGUCCCAUCUGCCCAGGAUAAGCAAGAAGACUACUACAAGGGAUUCCGUUCGAGCGUUGUCCUCUUCUGGAUGUUCUGCAAUCUAGGUCUUUGCGCGAUUGUCCUGCAGUCGGGUGGUCUCGAAGUCACCGUCUCGAAUGCGGAUGAGGCGGCCAAGAAGAAGAGCGAAGCUGCGACUAUCUACUUGGCCGUUGUGCUCUGGAGUGUGGCUGGUCUGAGCGCAUUUAGGUUCAUUGGCGCUAUGUGGUUCUUGGUCGUACGGAUGUUCCGCGGCGUGUAG